UAAAAUCUGCUCUACCAGUACGAUUCGAUCAGUUAGAGGCGAAGGUUCCGAACACGACGAUUAUCUUCUUGUGUGCAUCGUGCCGGCGAAAGAGACUCAAAACAAAACGCGCUGAGGGAAUCCCGCGAAACGAUGAGGUCAAAGACUAUCUGUACGGUGUUUUCCCUGGUUAGCUUUGUAUUGCUGAGAUUAGCCGACUAUCACUGCUUGGCUGACAAAGGAGUAAGUUGUGGACAACGGCAAUUGACCUAUCUGGGAUUGAUAACAUCAGGGUAUGCCGCCAACGAGGCUGAUUGGCCAUGGCACGCUGCUAUAUUUAAACGGGUUGCCAAAAAAGAGAUUUACAUAUGUGGUGGAACAAUUAUUAGUGAAAAUUUUAUAUUGACGGCUGCACAUUGUACAAGUGUUUUCCGAGCUCUUAUUGCGCCCGAUGAUUUCGUCAUCAAACUUGGCCUGCAUAACAAAAGUCAUCCCUAUGAUCACACUACAAACUACAAUAUCGUUGAAGUUAUACGGCACGUCAGCUUCAACACGAAUAAUAUGAACCAUGAUAUUGCACUGUUAAGAACCGAAGAGGACAUUGUCUAUUCCGAUUACAUACAACCAAUCUGCCUUUGGCCUCAGGAGAGAUCGGGUUUGAACCAGGUGCUAUCAACUAGUGGUUAUGUAGUGGGCUGGGGACUUGGAGACGAAAGCAAACCCAAGGAUAUCCUGCAGGAGGCAACGCUGUCCGUAGUGAAUCACGCAACUUGCCUGAAAAGUAAGCCACAUCAUUUCCAGAAACUACUCUCUGACAGCAAUUACUGUGCUGGAAAUCGUAACAAGACAAAUGUUUGCGACGGUGACAGCGGUGGUGGAAUGUUUUUUAAACUCGAUAAUUCUUGGUACAUUCGAGGAUUGGUCAGCACUGGUGCUCGAUCCGAAUUCAGCAGUCAUUGUGAUCCUGAACAAUACGUUGUAUUCACUGAUAUUCCGUACUACCUGAAGUGGAUCCACGGCCAUCAACAAAUUGCCAAAAAACGAAAUUUGCUGGACUUGGGAAAUUGUGGACUAGACGAACAUAGCUCUACCACAGACGAGAUGGAUAAACCGGUGUAUCUGCAAUAUCCAUGGAUGGCAAUACUGGAGUUCAAAGGAGAUCUGUCAACAACAGUUCAUGUGUUCUGCAACGGAGCCCUCAUCCAUCCCAAGUUUGUACUCACGGUUGGCCAUUGCGUGGACAGUAGUUUGAAGAAAUAUCAACUUAAAUCCGUUCGCUUGGGAGAAUACAACCAAAAAACCAAUCCCGAUGUGGGUAAACGAUCAAACGGAAAAGAAGUCACCACCAACAUUCAGUCGAUCGAUGUGGAAAAGGUUAUCAAACAUCCUGAUUUCAACAGACCUCAAUACGACAAUAACAUAGCACUGCUGAAGCUGAAAUUCCCUGCCGACACCGAUCGACCCAAUGUGAAGCCAAUUUGUAUUCCAACCCUGGAGGAUCACAACGAGCAGUACAUAGUAAGUGGAUGGAAGCGCGUUGGCCGAGAGGCUCAUGUCCUCACUAGAGACUCGGUCCUGGUGGAAGAUCCCAACACGUGUAAAGCAAUCUACAAAAAGUUCAAAGUUAACACCAGCGAGAAUCACAUCUGUGGGACAUACUACCAGGAAGAAAUUCAACAAUGUUUCCACUUCAUGAGUGGAGCACCUAUGCAGUACGUAAAACGAGUUGAUCGGAAAAAUCGUUACUUCCUGAAGGGGCUAUUUUCGUUUGGAUUCCCUGGCUGUAAGCUGAACUAUACGGAUGUCUUCACCAGCGUCAACAAGUAUACCGGCUGGAUUUCGAACGUAGUGGAUCAAGAAAAGUAAUAUAAAUUUGUGUUUGUUUUGUACCAACCUGUCUCGUACACAUUUAAAGAAAAAACAUGUAAAAACAUGAAAAACACGAUUUUCAGAAACUGUCAUGAA